AACUGACAUUACUGACUCAAUCAACAGAACAAGAGGCAAGUAAAAAAACAGAGAAAGAGUUGCAGAAAAUACCCAAAACUUGAAGAAAUGGCGAAGUCAAUGAGAUCAAAAAGGGAGAAGAGGCUAAGAGCUAUAAGAAGAGAGAUGGUGGAGCCCUUGUACCAGAAGAAAGAAGAAGCUAAGCUUGCUGCCCAGGAAGCUGCCCUUAAUGCCCCUAAGCUACCCGUUAGGUCGCAUAAUACCGACGCUUCUUCUAUGGAUCUUACUACUAUGCCCUCAAGUACCAGUGCCAAUGGUAUGGAAUUGGCAGAUGUUGAGAUGGCUAUCAAUGACAGCAGGAAAGCCUUGAAACCUGUUGGAAAGAAGCUGAAGAAGAAGAUCAAGUUGGCCAAGAGGAAGCGUCAUGGCAAGGGCAAGAUCAGGCGGAAGCAUAAUGUAUAAGGGUCUAUGGCUGGUGUCUCAAUAGAUGAUUAACCUAAUAGCUAACAUUUCUGCUGGAAGUUGUUUUAGCUUUGAUUAUCCAUCCCGUGGUUUCUAUUCCCGUGUUAAUUUGGGUUUUAAAAGAACUAAGGUUGUGUUUGCAUUAAGGGAUUUGACCAAGGAUUUGAAAGCC